AUGCCCAACCCGCACACCGGUCUGCGGGUGUCCGCGCUGACCGCGGCCGCUGUCCUGCUCGCGCUGCUCGUCGGCACCCCGCUGAUCGCUGUGGGGCACCGCUGUAUCUUCGACGAGCUGCAGCGCCUGCAGCUGGCGACCGGCACCAGUGCCGUCCCCGAGGUGAGGGACCGCGGGGCGCCGCAGCGGCAGGGUGCGGAGCAGCACGGCAGCUCCAUAGCCCCUGACUCAUGGGAGCCGAUCCGCAUCUCAGUGUUCACCCAGGACAUCGACGACAGCUCUCGUUACUGCACACAGCCCGGGGAGAUGAGGCAUAACUUUAUUGCUUCCAAGAUAAAAUGCAAUUACAAUAGCGUUCUCACAGAUGAAAAGAAGCAACUGCUGCGUAAACAAAUAAUCCCCAACGCGAUACAGAUGCACAAGGACCGCCUUCUGGUGCAACCGCUCAGAGAUAAUAUCCGUGUUGAACACUUUAAUGGGAAACUUUGCUCUCACUUUACGAUUUCCCAGUCCCACCACGACACCGGUGUACCGAAUGCUGACUUCGUGCUGUACAUAGCGGCGGGACCAACUGUACCUGGUAUUCCCGCUUGGGCAGUCACGUGCCAAUAUGACCCCAGCGGCCGCCCCUUGGUGGGUGCUGCCAAUUUUGGGUCCGUAAACACAAUGAAUGUUUUCUCUUUCAUACGUGCCAUGACGCACGAGAUACUGCAUGCGUUGGGAUUUUCCAUUCAAAUAUUUAAAAAUCAAAAUAUGCUUGAUACUGUGUCUAUUCGCAAUAAGCCACCAAGUAAUGUUCUGAAGUCACCCAAAGUGGUGGAGGUCGCGAAGGUUCAUUACGGGUGCAGUACCAUGCAGUACGUGGAGUUGGAGGAUAUGGAUGGCACGGGGGCUGUGGGCUCACACUGGAAGAUGCGCAACGCAAAGGAUGACUUGAUGGCUCCUUCUGAUUCUGAAGGAUUCUACACUGCCAUCACCAUUGCGGCGAUGGAGGACACGGGCUACUACAAAGGCAACUACCGCAAUGCUGAAAGCAUGGCAUGGGGUAAGAAUGCCGGUUGUGUGCUCUUUGAUAAGAAGUGCGUUAUUGACGGUGUGUCGCAGGUGCCGGAGAUGUUCUGUAACGGGGUAUUUUCUACGAUAAAUGAGCACAAGUGCACCUCAGACCGGAUGGGCAUCGGAAACUGCCUAAUGAUGAUGCAUCCUUCAACCUUGCCAAUAUAUUUCCAGUACUUCCCCGAUCCAACAAUCGGUGGUACUGAAGACUGGAUGGAUUACUGCCCGUACAUUAAACCCAAUUUGUACACGAUGUGCUUUAGUGGGAAUGAAAAAAUGCUGCCCGGUUCUGUGUUUUCAGAGUCUGCGCGAUGUUUUUCAGCCGUCCAUAGAACUCCCAUCCAGAUAAGCGAUGACCAAAAUAUGCUCGCUAUUUGCGCAGACGUACAGUGUGACAAGGACACUUCGAGGUACCGUGUGCGCGUGAAGGGCGCCAGCGAUUUCGUGGACUGCCUAUCCGGUACUACCCUUGUGCUUUCGGACUACAGUGGUGAGUUUAAAUCCGGCGCAAUCGACUGUGCAUCUUACGAGGAGAUGUGCCCCGAAAAUCAUUACUAUGGUGCAACCAGCGACGAAAGCACCGACAAAAAGAAUCACGAAGUACCUGAUGGAAACAAAGUUGAAAGCACCGACAAAAAGAAUCACGAAACACCUGACGAAUACAACGACGUAAAUAACAACGAAAGCAGCAGCGCCACAUCCGGCACAACUAAGGGCGCGUACCAGUUCACUUACACGCUUGUUACGGCUCUAGUUGCUAUGAUUGUUCUCGCUGAAUAA